AAAACCGAUGAAGGUAGAUUAGGGAGGUUAUUUACAUACAAGGGGAACAACAUUGGACCCCAAGCUUUAUCCCGAAAUACCUCUCUAAGUAUGGUUCCCCAACCAGACAACUUGGAUUUGACCCGUACUUUUUGUUGGCGUCCGACUAGAAAAAUCCUUAACUCAUAAAAAUUCUGUUGACUCUAGCUGAUUUGCGAAAUUUUCAAGGUCAAGUUCUUUAUUGUCUACAGACUGAAUCAGCCGUGUUUCUGCGAUGGCAAUUACGUCCAGCUUAGGUACUAUUUUAAUAUGGACUGAUGCGGUUACCUGUUUUUCAGAUGCCUUUAUCACUAUUACCACCAGUAUAUCCAUCAAAAUCACGAGAUUCUUUAGACUUUAGAACCGAAAUUCAUCAGCCUCCUGAAUCCGGCGAAAAGAUUAGUAGUGCUGCUAGUGAAGCUGCAUUACAUCGAUGCAAGUUAUAUGAAUUGCGCCAGUCGUUCUUGGGUUUAUCUAGUUCAAAAGACUCUUGUCCUCAUUGUCAUACUGGAAUCUCUUCGUGUAUAUAUGUGAGCACAGAUAAUCAACCUUUUUAUACAAGCCCUGUGGGUAGUUCAGGGUGUACUGUCUCUGAUUCAACAAGGUCUAACUGUAGUUCUUCAACUUACGCAUGUACCCCUGGUAUCGAUUAUCUUUUUUCUGCUACCGAAUUGGACAGACUUCGUGAAUCUGUACAUACAUCCUAUAAAACUACUGAAAAACAGACUUUGCUAAGCUCUUAUCCUAAUGUUGAAUACGAUCAACUUGAUUCUACUGACCAACUUCCAAGUCCCAACUACACAUCUUUUAUUAGUUCAAAUCCUCUCAUAUCAUGUGAAAAGAAUGCUUCUUUAGCGCCUUCAUUAUCAGGGACAUUUACAUCCAAGACCAAUUUGUUUGUCAGUAAAGCCGACUUUUCUCCUCUAACUCCAGAAGCUAUCCAUUUAUCGUCAGACGAGUUGGCAGAAAGUUCUACUUCCUCAACUUCCGACUGUUCCCAUGAAUAUUUUGCAUCUGAUCAGAAUCUAAACUGUCCUAAGUUCAACAUCAAUAUUACUAGUUUGAAAGGUGUAACUUGGUUGUCUGAACAGUGUAAAAAAAAUGAACAUGUUCAAAGUUCUUCGUAUAAAUUUCGUAGCAAAGGUUCGCAACCAAAGCACCGGGUUAAUAAAUCCAAAAACAUCUGGAAUGAAUCAAACACCAACUUACAUUGUUCAACAACUGAUUAUUUAUGUAUGCCGAAUCCUUCAUCUAAAGACAUAAGAAAGUCAGACCGAGUUAACAGUUAUAAUUUAAAGACCAUCCAAUCAGAUGAUUCGCCUGAAGAUAAAACGUGUGCUUGUUUUGUGUCUAUAGGCAAAGUGGAUGUGUGCAAUUUUCCUUAUAAAAAUAGUUGUGCGCCUGCUAAUCUCGAGCUUAGCACAACACAUUCACAUUAUGAUGAGUCACAGGUUCGUUCAUCAACAAAGUCUGUGAUUGGUCGCUGUUGUUCAGUCUCACCUAACCAUCGAUUGUCACACUCAUUUUUCAAUUCUCAGAACAAUCGAAGUGAUUCAAAGGUUACUCUGAGUGGAAAAGUAUGCACAAUCGAUAGCUCAGGCAUUAUUACAACCGGAUCUAUUGAUAACAAAUGCUCUUAUGAUACAAAAAAUCAUCUAAAAUCAUCAAAUCAAAUAUCAUCAUCUUUAAUGCCUUAUAGUCAGAUAGAUCAGAAAGAAAUAAGUUCCGAAACACUUUCUCUGACCGGUACUCAAGAUGUAAUGUGUGUAUAUUCAUUUGGAAAUAAUAAUAACGAUAGUAAAUACAGGAAACAAAAACGUGGACCAAGUAAUCAUCCGAAAAACAAUAACAAUCAGAUGCAUGUCGAUCAUACACUAGAAAACCAAGACUUUUCAGAAAAAGGUAGUCAGUCAAUAUCAAGAAUUAGUGGGGAGAGUGACGACGUUUUUCAUCAGAGUCUUGAUCCUAAAAAUACCCUCAUAAAACAAUAUAGACCGCACAAAAACCAAAAUAAAACUUCUUUACGAGAUAGUAUUGUGGUUAGUGCUUCAUAUCAAAGCAGACAAUUAACUUUACCACAGGCACAUGCAUUGAAAUGUACGGACGAAGAUGUGCUGUCUUACGAAACUAGUUUGUCAUCUCUGCCAUCCUCAGCGUUAUCAUCUUUCUGUCCAGGUAACACAUCUCUGGUGACUACUCAUUCUCACAACUUUGGUCACUUAAAAGUACCUCUACCUGGUCUUACAGUUGAUCAUUCCUCUCAUAGCCAUCACUCAUCCGAUUAUUCAGUACGUGAAUCAGUAUUUUAUCACUCUCGUAAUAACCGUAACUCAAAGCCAAAACGCCCAAAUUUUAGAAGUACUUUUACCGAAGAUGCCUGUAAGCGGCGUCACGAGAAAUUAAACAAUGAAUAUAUUAACAAUUGUAAAAACAAGACAGAGCUAUCUGGAAGCUCAUCUAGUCAAUCACUUUCUCCAUCCUAUGUUGAUGUAUUACUUCCUGCUCAGUCGUUUGAUACGUCAUCUGGAUUUCCAUCUUCAGAUAAUUUGUCUGCUAAUAGGAAUUUAAAUAAAAAUAAAAAGCGCUCACCACGACCUUCUUCAGACCAUUCAAGAAGUUAUAAGAGUAUCCAGGAUUUGGAGAGAAAAAGUGUGCGUCAAAGUAGUUCUCGAUAUGAUCUCAAACCUGUAAAUACUAGAUCUCCAAUCCACGAUCCCGUUCCUUUAUCAAAAAUGUAUCGUGUUGGUCAAUACUUAUCUGAGUCUUCCUCCAUAUUAUCUGUAACUGAUCCGGAUGAUAUCAGUAAUCCUAAUGAUAACAUUCAUCCUGAAAGGACCCCUGUUCAUGUAAGUGAUGAUACACGAGACUAUGACUAUAGAAAAAUCUCGAAGUUGGCCGCAAAAAUAUCUCAUUAUCUUGAAAACUGUAGAGAGACUGAAGUUAAACAUUUUAUGAAUAAAAUACUACGUAAGCCUGAAUCAAGGCGCAUUGUUGAUGAAUUAAUACAUUUGUGUGGAAAUAAGUUACAAAAAUUGCUGAAUCAUAAUAUGGAUACAUUGGAUAACGUACAAAAAUAUUCAACUUCAUCUUCGGUGCACCUUGGAGCGUCACUUUCUGACUUAAGGACGUCACACACGCUUGAUUCUGAUCUGUACAGAAAUGCCAUUUCACAUAGACGAGAUAGCUGUGGAAGUGUACUUUCUUCACCUUGGAAUAUUACCUCUUACGAUCGUUCCUGCGCUCCUGUGUCACAUAAUCGGUCUACUCUUGGGUGUUCUCACAAAUUAUUACAUUUUCCAAAGAAACAUAUUUCUUCUUUAUACUCACCUAAUACUGUUCGUUACAUUAAAUGGUCUUCUAAUGGAUGUAUUCAAAGCAAACCACCCUCAUUACCACCUCCACCUCCUCCUGUACCCCCAGUUCUUCUUAAAAUAACAAUUUUACCACCAGAUGAUCGAAUUCAUGUUAUCGAUGUGCAUGCGAUUGGAGCUACUAACCGUGUUCAUAUGACGUUUUCCGAACUGAUUUCUGAUCUGACCACUGGUAUGGAUAACGAAGUUGAAGUUAUACGUUCUCUUUAUCGAUGGACUACUGCUAAAGAUAUUAGAUUUGAAGAUUAUGAUACAGAAGCCCCAUCUGAUUCAUUGAUUGGAAUGUUAAGACAGAUGAAAUACAAUCAAUUAUCGCGUAACGAAAUGUUUUAUGAACUAUGUCGAUAUGCUGGAUUACAGUGUCAAUACAUAACUGGUUAUUCUAAAGGUGCUGGAUACCGUCCAGGGAUGCCGAUUAGAGAUAAUCGGCUUUUUCGUAAUACUUGGCUUGCAGUGUACAUUUGUGAUGGUUGGCGUUUUGUAAAUUGUAAUUGGGGUGCUCGUUAUUUAUCAGAAAAUUUACUAGACAACCGUUCAUCUUCAUCUGAGUGUGAUGAAUUCUAUUUCCUAACUGAUCCAGAACAACAUGUUUUCGAGAGUUUUCCUGAUUUAAAAGUAUGGCAAUUAUUACGCAAACCAUUGAGUAUGGAUCGAUUUUGUCACUUACCACUACUUAAAUCGCCAUUUUUCAAUGCUAAUCUAUCUCUGAAAAAGAAUUACUCGGAUUGUUUAAUUACCAAAAAUGGACAGGUGAGUGUAAAAAUCAAAAUGUCGAAAUUUGUUGGCAUUUCAUGCAGUUUAGAAAACUGUGCAGAUCAUAGUAUUCUGUUAGGGUUAUGUUUAGUCGAAAUCCUGUUACGACCAUCAGGAACUGUACGAAUUGAAGCUGCUCCAUCACAACCAGGAAAUUAUUAUUUAAAUGUUUACGUUUCACCUGAUUGGCGGCGUGAAGAUAUCAGGGAGUUGGCAUGCUCAUUUCAGAUUCAUUGUUCAGAGUAUAAUUAUUCCAGACUAGUCGUGACUGGUCGACUGCCUGAAGUUGGUUUUCUUGGUCGUACACCCGCCUCAGAAGUUCAUGGUGUGCUAAUGGUGCCCGAAGGUGAUGCGUCAAGUGGCCGACCAUACAUUGUGCAUAGUGAUCCAAGACCUUUGAGAAUUCCUUUUGCUAUUGCUCCUGGUCUAAAGCUAUGUCAUCAACUAAAAUCGUUCGAUCGACCAGGCCAUCAAAUGGCCGAUUGUGAUAGUUAUGCAUUGCUUCAAAUGAAACCAAGCCAUCAGAGUAACAUUACACAUUCAAAGCCAUUCGGAUCUCAGGCUAAUGCUUAUUAUCAUGUUCGUCUACCUGUACAAGCGUUUUACUACUUGACUAUUUAUGCUUUUAAUGAAAAUGAUAUUGUCAAAGAUCAUCUAGAUUGUGUGUAUCGUAUUUUAAUUGAUGCACGUAACUGUCGUUCUGAGUUAACUCAGGCUUAUCCACGUCAAACCUUUUGGUGGGUUCAUUGUCAAUUAGUCGAACCUACACAUCAGCAUUUAUUCAUUAAUCGGAGUUAUAAAUUUUGUCUAGAUGCUCCACAGUGCGAUUCUGUCGCUGUUGUAAUCAAUGGAUCAGAAUGGCACUUCCUUACUCCAUCUUCCUCAAUAUCAUCAUCUACACUGGAUUCACCAUCUUGCAGUAGUCAUCGGGGUCGUUGGAGUGGUAAAGUUUACACUGGCAAAUGCUCAGGGCAACUAUCUGUAUUUGGACGUAUACCUCAUAUGAAUAAAUUGAAGAAGAUAACUUUAGAAAAUGAAUUCAGACCAGUUAAUGAUUCUAUGCAUGGUAGCCAUUAUGAUGAUGGCUAUUCGAAUAAUAAUAAUAAUAAUAAUAAGGAUGGGGAAGAUGAUGAAGAAAAUUCCUACAUUAAACUUUUAGAUUAUAUUCUUGUUCAAAAAGAACUGUUUAGCUAACAGUCUGUUUCACUUUAUUGAUAGUUGACCAAACAGCUUUUACAAUCCGAUAAAACUGAACACUUCCAUUUUCUUUAAAUAUUUCUAUUUUACGCCAACUAUAUUUUGUAGAGUAGCUCAACUGUCAAUACUACUUGUUAUUGCAAUACAGUGAUCAUAAUAUUCGUG